AUGGCCCUUGCAUCCUCUGCCACGCACAGCGCUGCGCGGACCAGCCGCGGGGGUUUCGACCCCCUGGCAGGGAUCUACGAGUGCAAAGAGAAAAGGGAAGAUGUGAAAUCAGAAGAUGAAGAUGGACAGACCAAGCUUAAACAAAGGAGAAGCAGAACCAAUUUCACACUAGAGCAGCUGAAUGAGCUGGAAAGACUUUUUGAUGAGACUCACUAUCCGGAUGCCUUCAUGAGGGAGGAACUAAGCCAGAGGCUGGGACUGUCUGAAGCUAGGGUUCAGGUCUGGUUCCAGAACAGGAGAGCAAAGUGCCGAAAGCAAGAAAACCAGAUGCACAAAGGUGGGUUAGGGGUGCGGGCCG